GAGAACAUGGCCCAGCAGGCCACGGCCCUGCGCUCCCAGGUCAAGAGGAACACCAUGAAGGACAAGCUGAAGCUGGUGCAGAACUUCCUGCAGAAGCUGCGGUUCCUGGCGGAUGAGCCCCAGCACACGAUUCCAGACGUUUUCAUCUGGAUGAUGAGCAACAACAAGCGCGUCGCCUACGCCCGCAUCCCUUCCAAGGACAUCCUGUACUCCAUCGUGGAUGAGGAGAUGGGCAAGGACUGCGCCAAAGUGAAGACGGUUUUCCUCAAGGUUCUCAACGAGACCCUGUGCCCGACCUGGGACCAGCUCCUGGUGUUCGACAACGUGGAGCUGUACGGGGAAGCUCACGAGAUGCGGGAUGACCCCCCCAUCAUCGUCAUCGAGAUCUACGACCAGGACACUGUGGGAAAAGCCGACUUCAUGGGCCGGACGUUCGCCAAGCCAGUGGUGAAGAUGUCGGACGAGCAGUACUGCCCGCCGCGCUUCCCGCCACAGCUGGAAUAUUACCAGAUCUACCGCGGCAACGCCACAGCCGGGGACCUGCUGGCCGCCUUCGAGCUGCUCCAGAUCGGCCCUGGGGGUAAAUCAGACCUGCCCCCCAUCGACGGCCCCACGGACAUGGACCGAGGUCCCAUCCUGCCCGUGCCUCUGGGAAUUCGGCCGGUGCUGAGCAGAUACAGAGUGGAGAUCUUGUUCUGGGGGCUCAGGGACCUGAAGAGAGUGAACCUGGCCCAGGUGGACCGGCCCCGCGUGGACAUCGAGUGUGCCGGGAAGGGCGUCCAGUCUGCCCUGAUCCAGAACUACAAGAAAAACCCCAACUUCAGCACUUUGGUCAAGUGGUUCGAGGUGGACCUCCCAGAGAACGAGCUGCUGCACCCGCCCCUGAACAUCCGCGUGGUGGACUGCCGCGCCUUCGGCCGCUACACCCUGGUGGGCUCCCACACCGUCAGCUCGCUCCGCAAGUUCAUCUACCGCCCGCCCGACAAGAAAGCCCAGCACUGGAACAUGGCAGCCAAACACCUAAACGGCUACCUGGCCAUGACCAGCAGGGCCCAUCGUUCUCGCCCCACAGGGGAGAUCGUGGUCAACAUGGAGCCCGAGGUCCCCAUCAAGAAGAUGGACACGAUGGUGAAGCUGGAAGCUAAUUCUGAUGCAGUGGUGAAGGUGGAUGUGACCGAGGAAGAGAAGGAGAAAAAGAAGAAGAAGAAGAAAGGAGGAGGAGGAGGAGGAGGUGGAGGUGGGGAGGAAGUGGAGGAGGAGGAGCCAGACGAGAGCAUGUUGGACUGGUGGUCCAAGUACUUCGCUUCCAUUGAGACGAUGAAGGAGCAACUGCGGCAGCAGGAAGCGGCCGCGGCAGAAGCAGAGGAGAAGGAGGAGAUGGAGAUUGGAGAAGGCUCCAAGGCCCAGGUGAAGAACAAGGACAAGGACAAGGACAAGACCAAGGCACCCAAAGAUGACAAGAAAAAGAAGCAACAGCCUGUCCCUGAACUCCCUGAGAAGAAAAACAAGCAGAAGAUUGAUGAACUCAAGGUCUUCAACAAAGAGCUGGAAACAGAGUUUGACAACUUUGAGGACUGGCUGCACACUUUCAACCUGCUCCGGGGGAAGAUUGGGGACAAUGAUGACAACGCCACGGAGGAGGAGCGGAUAGUGGGCAGGUUCAAGGGCUCCAUGUGCGUCUACAAAGUGCCGCUCCCCGACGACAUCAGCAAGGAGGCAGGGUAUGACCCCACCUUCGGGAUGUUCCAGGGGAUCCCCAGCAACGACCCCAUCAACGUGCUGGUCCGAGUCUACAUCGUGCGGGCCACGGACCUGCACCCGGCUGACAUCAACGGGAAAGCCGAUCCCUACAUCGCCAUCAAGCUGGGCAAGACGGACAUCAAGGACAAGGAGAACUACAUCUCCAAGCAGCUGAACCCUGUUUUUGGGAAAUCCUUCGACAUCGAGGCCACCUUCCCCAUGGAGUCCAUGCUGACCGUGGCUGUGUAUGACUGGGACUUGGUGGGCACUGACGACCUCAUUGGGGAAACCAAGAUCGACCUGGAGAAUCGCUUCUACAGCAAGCACCGGGCAACCUGCGGUGUAUCCCAGACCUACUCCAUCCACGGGUACAACACCUGGCGUGACCCCAUGAAGCCCUCCCAAAUCCUGUCCAAGCUGUGCAAAGAGGGAAAAGUGGAUGGGCCACACUUCGGGCCAGGGGGAAGAGUGAAAGUUGCCAACAGGGUCUUCACCGGCCCCACGGAGAUCGAGGAUGAAAAUGGCCAGAAGAAGCCGACGGACGAGCACCUGGCGCUGGCGGUGCUGCGGCACUGGGAGGACAUCCCGCGGGCCGGCUGCCGCCUCGUCCCUGAGCACGUGGAGACGCGGCCGCUGCUCAACCCCGACAAGCCGGGCAUCGAGCAGGGCCGCCUGGAGAUGUGGGUGGACAUGUUCCCCAUGGACAUGCCAGCGCCCGGCCCUGCCAUCGAUAUUUCUCCCAGGAAACCAAAGAAGUACGAGCUCAGGGUGAUCGUGUGGAACACCGACGAGGUCAUCCUGGAGGACGACGACUACUUCACCGGGGAGAAAUCCAGUGACAUUUUUGUCAGGGGGUGGCUGAAGGGGCAGCAGGAGGACAAGCAGGACACGGAUGUCCACUACCACUCCCUCACUGGGGAGGGCAACUUCAACUGGCGCUACAUCUUCCCCUUCGACUACCUGAUGGCCGAGGAGAAGAUCGUCAUCUCCAAGAAGGAGUCCAUGUUCUCCUGGGAUGAGACCGAGUACAAGAUCCCGGCCCGCCUCACCCUGCAGGUCUGGGACGCCGACCACUUCUCAGCCGAUGAUUUCCUGGGGGCCAUCGAGCUGGACCUGAACCGCUUCCCCCGGGGAGCCAAGACGUCCAAGCAGUGCAGCCUGGAGAUGGUGACCAACGAGGCCGAGCUGCCCAUGAUCUCCAUCUUCAAGCAGAAGCGGGUCAAGGGCUGGUGGCCGUUCGUGGCCAGAGACGAGAACGAUGAGCUGGAGAUCACCGGCAAAGUCGAGGCUGAGCUGCACCUUCUGACAGCAGAGGAGGCUGAGAAAUCCCCUGCUGGGCUGGCUCGGAAUGAGCCUGAUCCCCUGGAGAAACCCAACCGCCCAGACACGUCGUUCAUCUGGUUCCUGAACCCGCUCAAGUCCAUCAAAUACCUCAUCUGCACCCGCUACAAGUGGCUCAUCAUCAAGAUCGUGCUGGCCCUGCUGCUCCUCAUCAUGGUGGCCCUGUUCCUCUACAGCAUGCCCGGAUACAUGGUCAAGAAGCUGCUGGGAGCAUGAAGGGCUGGAGCAUCUCCCGUGGCCCCAGCCCCAGGCACAACAUUCCCAGCUCCAUGUCCUUCUCCUCCCCGUGACAGCCCUGGGGGCAUCUCCUCCCUGCUGCUGCUGCUGGGUCUCCUCUUGCAUUCCUUCUCUGUGGGUCCCACUCAGUGCCAGGGAAAUGGGGCAGGAGCAGGGCACAGACCCCACACUCUGCAUCCCACACCGGGGCUGGGAGAGGUGCCCAGCUGCCUCCUGUGGGGCUUCUGACCAGUGGGGUUGUGGCUGGUGCCUUCCUGGGAAUCGGGGAAGGAGAGGGGAGCUGGGGCUGUGUCACUGGAGUUGUGGGAGUGCCCCAGAAAGGCUCCUUGGAGGGAUGUUCAGAAUCCAGGAUGGAGCAGGGAGCUGGGAUGGAGCAGCUGGGGAACGUGCCAGCCCCAGCAGAGUGAGGGCACAGAGCAUCCCCAGCACCAUCCCUGCUCCUCUCAGAGCUCUGGAAGUCAUGCUCCGGGGCACAGGGAUCUGUCCCACCUCAGGAAUGCUGGACAUGGUGCCCAGAAGAGAGUGAUGGCACAG